AUGGCCUAUGACCGCUACGUUGCCAUCUGCAAACCCCUGCACUACGGGUCCCUCCUGGGCAGCAGAGCUUGUGUCCACAUGGCAGCAGCUGCCUGGGGCAGUGGGUUUCUCUAUGCUCUCCUGCACACGGCCAAUACAUUUUCCCUGCCCCUCUGCCAGGGCAAUGCCCUGGACCAGUUCUUCUGUGAAAUCCCCCAGAUCCUCAAGCUCUCCUGCUCAGACUCCUACCUCAGGGAAGUUGGGCUUCUUGUGGUCAGUGCCUGUUUAACCUUCGGGUGCUUUGUUUUCAUCGUGCUGUCCUAUGUGCAGAUCUUCAGGGCCGUGCUGAGGAUCCCCUCUGAGCAGGGACGGCACAAAGCCUUCUCCACGUGCCUCCCUCACCUGGCCGUGGUCUCCGUCUUUCUCAGCACUGCCGCAUUUGCCUACCUGAAGCCCCCCUCCAUCUCCUCCCCAGUUCUCGACCUGGUGGUGGCUGUGCUGUACUCAGUGUUGCCUCCAGCACUGAACCCCCUCAUCUAC